GGACUGCAGCACCUUGCCCACCUACACCAUUCUGUGUCAGAUGCCUGUAGAACGUUUCUUCUACAACGCGACCUCCAAGAGCUGCCAGUUCUUCAUCGACUAUGGAUGCUCCGGGAGCCUGAACAGCUACCUCUCCGCUAAGGAAUGCGAGGAAGCUUGCAAAAAUAUUGCUGUCCACCCGUUGACAACCUCGAUCCCCUCCUGCUACCUGCCUCCUGAACACGGGUCUUGCAAGGACCAUGCUCAACGCUGGUUUUAUGACCCGAAGACGCAAAGUUGCAAGACGUUCACUUUUACGGGCUGCAAGGCAAAUGCCAACAACUUCAACACACGUGCAGCGUGCCAGCGGAGGUGCUACAAGAGAGGAACUCACUGAGGGCUCCGUGGACGGACGCUUGGCCUGCUUUGUGCUGAACGGAGAGAGAGGCCGGUUCAGGAGGAGACCAGGCGCAGAAAGCCUCCAGGCGCCUUCCGGGGGG